UAUCAAUCUUGUCAUUUCCUCUAAAAACAAUGCCAUUUCCUCACAAGCAUAUUCCCCUCCGUCCAUAUAUUUCCUAUUGUCCUUCAACCCUUGAAAACCAUAACACCAAAAAUAGCCAUGUCCACCAAUUUUCUCUUCUUCGUCUCCAGCUUAAUUCUUCUAUAUGUUGCCUACACCAUCCCUAGACAAGAACCAAAGCAAACUAACCUUGUAGUCUAUGUGCAUGACUACUUUACCGGCCUCGACAGUUCAGCAAUCACUGUCGCCGGGAAAAGUGGGCCCAACUUUCACAUCCUACAAUUUGGGACGGUUGCAGUGGUUGAUGACCCAGUUACUGAAGGGCCCAGUAUUGAAUCCAGGGAGAUUGGUAGGGCUCAAGGGACCUACAUAAAUUCUCAGCUUGAUGGGAAGGGCCUGUAUAUGGUGUUUUCUCUGAUUUUCACAGAUGGGGAGCAUAAAGGGAGCACCUUGGAAAUCCAAGGAUCUGAUAUAUUUUCAAUGAAGGAGAGGGAAUUUGGGAUUGUUUCUGGGACGGGCUUUUUUAGGUUUGUUAAGGGGUAUGGUACUAUGCAAACUGAGCUCAUGGAUAUUCCUAAUUUGAGAGCUAUUAUCAAGCUCAAUGUUACUGUUAAGCAUUAUUAAUAAGAUUUUUUUUUCAUUUGUGUUAA